AGUUUGUGGUGGUAGAUGACAAGGAAGGGGAAGUGAUAAGAUAAUGUAGGUCAGCACAAUGAGAGAGACUUUAAAUAGAGAAUUUAAAUAAUUUAACAUAAUACUGACAUUCAGAAAGGAAGAUGGAACAUGUCAGUGUGAGUCUGAUAGUGUUAUCUAGAGAGCUGAAGAGACGACUGCAGAGGUAGAAAUGGCUGAGACUCUGAGAGAUGUUCACUUGCUGGUCACAUGGAAAACAGAAGAACAGAAACAUGAAGUGCUGCAUAUUGGAAGGAUGGAAAAUGUUCAGUGAAAGAAGGAUUCCAGGAGUGUUUACUUGGAGAGAAAGUUCAAAUGGGACGCAUGAGCUUCCAGUGAGGUCCUUCAUGCUACAGACAGCAGAGGGACGGGCAUAUAGCAGCGGUCUGCACAGGAAGGCACACAUGUCUCAAACUUAUUCUGCAGUGGAAUGCAGAAUGGAAUGGCCAAGAGAUAUAGGAUUCAUUAAAAGAAACCCCUCAUCAUAUACCUUCAAGGAACCUGGCUUAAAGCAGCAGUAGACUUUGUGCGGUUGUAAAAACAUCAGAACAACAAGCAAGGGGAGGCGCUACGUCGCGUUUUGCUUUCAUUUUCAGUUUAAGGUGUUCAGUUGUUUCAGGAUUAUGAGCAACGAAUGUGAUGAACGUCACGUUGAUUCAUCAAAUACUUUCAUUUUAUGACGAUCUUUUUGAUUUUUAAAGAUUAUCAGAGCCAAUGACAAACUACUAAAACCCUGUGCUUCAUCUGCGUCGAUGUUCCGAAACCAGCAAGGUUUCCAGAGGGCGUCCUUGUUCUGGAUUUUAUUUGUCAGCCAAUCCCAAAUCUCCGUGUAAAAUGACGUGCAGAAGAACAUCUGUCAGAGCUGCAGCAGUGCUGAUGAUACUUGUGGUGAAUGUCUUCAGAGGACACUCCCUCACAUGUCGUCAAUCAGAGUAUCAGAUAGGGACUGAAUGCUGUUCCAUGUGUCCUCCUGGAAGUCGAGUUAAAACUCACUGCACUGAGGCUUCAACAACUUCCUGUCAGAGUUGCACUGAGGGAACCUUCAUGAAUCAUCCUACUGGCCAUGUGAAAUGUUUUACAUGUACAAGCUGUGAUGCAGCUUCUGGUUUGAAAUUAAAAACUUCAUGUACAGCAACAUCAGAUGCUGUGUGUGAGCCACUGGAGGGAUUCUACUGCAUGGACUCUGCAGAGGAGGGCUGUAAGGCAGCAGAGAAACACUCAAGCUGUCGGCCAGGACAGUACAUCAGUCAGAGAGGAACAGCAUUAAGAGACACUGAGUGCUCUGACUGCAGUGAGGGAACAUAUUCUGAUGGAACAUUUCCAUCCUGUCAGCCACACACACAAUGUGAAUCAGAGCAUCGUCAGCUGAUAAAAGCAGGGACUGUUUCAACUGAUGCUGAAUGUGGAGAGCAAAGUCCAGACAACACAGGACUUGUGGUCGGCGUUAGUGUGACUGUAUGUCUUAUAGCAGCUGCAGCAGCUGCAGCAGUUGCAUGGUGGCGUAUCAGAAAGAGGAAAACAUUUCAAGUCACAGGAACACGCGCAGCUGAAUCAGGGGUGAUGAUUCGACAGCCAUAGUAACAGCAGCAGGUGGAAGCUCCUAGAGUGGAUCCACCUGUGUAGCCAGGCGAUGCUGCUGAUUGGCCAGCUUUAAGCUUCAAUGGACCAAUCAUCAUUCGCCUCUUUAUAUAAACGGCUUCACAGCUGUAUGCUCUUCCUGGACCUUUGUUUUUCAGGCUGUUUGGUUUGUUUUUUUACUUGGCAAAUGAAGGUAAAGCUGUGUGGUGGGAGAUAGGGUUUACUAAGUAAUAUACAUUUUUACAGCACAGAGAAGUUAUUUGUCUACAUACACCAGGUUUACUGAAUGUUGCCACUGACUGUAUUUAAUUAAUUAAGUCUCUUCUUAGAUAAGAGAGGUAGGAGUUUUUUUUGUUCUUUUCUUGCAAUCUGUCAAACUGUGGUGAGGUCUUGUUUUUGGGUUUAUGUCUCGUCAUUUCCUGUUUUAUUUUGAAAAGUAAGUCUCAUCUUGUUUCAGGUCACUUGCCCUUCCUCAUGUGUCUCCUGUCUGAUUGUCUCCCCCGAUCGUGUCCACCUGUUCCCCUUUACCUCCAUGUGUUCUAAUGGUCUGUGUCCUCCUUGUCUUGUGCCAGUGUGUUUUGUCUUUGAUUUUUGCCUUGAGCUUCUUUCUUUUUUGCCUCUGCAUCAGAGUGAUUUUGUGUUGUAAGUUUCUUAGUUUAGGAUUUAUUCAUUUGAUUUCUUUUUUAUCUGUAGGAGUGAUUAUAAGUUCCUUCUUAGAUUCAUUUAGUUGAUGGUUCCUCCUCUCCUCUUUUUUUUGUUUGUUUUUUGUUCCUUGUAGAUUUUGCCUUCCUUUCAGUUAUUUGCCUCCUGUUGGAGUGGGGAUCCUUAGUUCUAGAGAUUAUUGUGUUUUCAUUUGUAACUUUUCAUAGCUCUUUUGUUUUCUCUCUUCUGAGAUUAAUCAUUUUCAUAGCUGUGCGCCUUCAAGUUGAAGGUGUGCUUCAGGUAAUUUCAUAGCCUAUUGUUUGUUGACACACUGUAUGAGGUAUAACCCAGUUGAUUUUGAAUGAUAAAGUCAGCUCCAUUACCUACCUUCUCUGUGUUUGAGUCCACAAUCAGCAGUGAGCAGUCAGGCUUAGUUUUAUUGUACUGUUUUUGAUUAUUUUGGCACAACCACACAGUUCUCAUUUCUCCUCCACAUUCUUUUUGGUUUCAAUUCCUGUUGAAUUUAGUUUGCUUUAAAAAUAAAACUUAUUUUCUCCACCACCUUGGCUCCAUUAAGUUAUUUGGUUGUUGUGUUGCAGCCUCUGAUAACCUCUAGGCUCUGCCUCAAUGGGGGUGGAACAUCUGUCAUAAAGAACAAUCAGCUGGAACUGAGGACGGAGACGCUCAGUCCUGAACUGCAAUAGGAAGGGUCAAAUGUCUGCUUUGACUGACAGCAAACAGGCUGGAUCAUCUGGAUGGUGCACAUGAAACCCCUACUGGGUUCAGGUGCAGGAGAAAAGCAGCAAAUAGUCAGAAGAGUCCAUGUGCUGAAUAUUCCAAGUUCACAAGACAUCAUAUUGGUAUGCAGUUUGUGUACUGAAGCCCCACAGGGCUGUGAGCUGAGCCUGCAUGACACGACUGCUGAACUCAUCCUCCACAUUCCCUCAUUGGACACUUUGCUUUUGUCUUGUGCUGCAUAAUGACAUCAUGAAAAUGGAUAUAAAUGUA